CAUUUUUUUAGAUACAGUAACAAAACAUGGAUCAUGAGAUUGUAGGGAGAAAUGAAGGAAUGAACCUGUCAAAAUAGACGGAAAAAAAUGGCUUCUUCCAUAUGCUUACACGGUUUUGGAGUGCCAAGGGCUGCAAAAGAAGCUCUUUCCUCACUAAUAUUACACCACAAAUUCAUUUCUUCUAUUCAAAGCAACUAUUGUUUUACCAGAGCUUUUGCUUCUUCUUCUGUUUCUAUUACUGCUGAUAAGGAACUACGGAGUCCUGACCUGGUGGCCCUCGAGUAUGCUGGCCUUAACCUCACUGACAAGAUUUCUCAGGAGUUGGGUCAUGUAAGAAUCAGGCAACAUGUCAACCCUCUGAGUUCAUCUUUCUCUGUGCCAGCGCCUGUACCUGAUUGGAGUGAAGUCUUCAGGGAUCCAACAUUGCCACUUAUGGUGGAUAUUGGAAGUGGAAGUGGUCGAUUUCUCAUGUGGCUUGCGAAACAAAAUCCUGAUUCCCAAAAUUAUUUGGGACUGGAAAUACGAGCAAAACUGGUCAAGCGUGCUGAGUUUUGGGUAAAGGAGCUGGCUCUUAGUAACAUACAUUUUAUAUUUGCAAAUGCCACAGUUUCGUUCAAACAGUUAGUAUCUACUUAUCCUGGACCAUUAAUGCUAGUUUCAAUAUUGUGCCCAGAUCCGCAUUUCAAGAAAAGGCAUCAUAAAAGAAGGGUUGUACAGGAGCCUUUAGUAGAUUCCAUCUUAACUAGUUUAAUGCCCGGAGGAAAGGUUUUUAUACAAUCUGAUGUGCUUGAAGUUGCUGUUGACAUGAGAAAACAGUUUGACUCGGAGUGUGGUGCACUUCAACACAUUGACAUGGUUGAUCCAAGCGUGUUAUGUGAUGAUGAGGGAUGGUUAUUGAACAAUCCAAUGGGUAUCAGGACUGAAAGAGAAAUCCAUGCAGAAUUCGAAGGUGCAAAAGUUUACAGGAGGUUGUACCAGAAAAGUAUAGUACUAAAUUAGAAGAAAGGUAAGCGGCAGGACUAUAGAUCCCAAAUUGAGGCAGAUGGCUCUCAUCUUGUACAUAACAAAAUAGAUGCAACAUAAAAUGUAGAAAUAAGAUUUUAGCACCAACAACUCCUUUUCUUAUCUUAGCUUGCUACUUCCUUUAUAAAAGAAAAAUUGUCGUUCAUGCAUGCAGGAAGUUUCAUACCGGUGAAGAAGACUGACUUCAGAGUUCAGAUUCGAGAAUACAGUUGGGUUUUAGGCCUUCUUCAAUUUUGUUAAUAUGAAACUUCAUAGCAUUUUCUUGAAUGCAUUGAAAACCCCUCAUUUACAACUAGCGAACAGCCAUUGCUAACAAUCAUUCUUGGUGCAUGAGGAAGCAAAAAAUACUACCAUUAUCAUAGUCGGCUAUAAGGAUUGACGGCUUUGACGCUUUCAAACCCUGUUCUGGAUUAACAAUUCAUUCUAAGCUUCAACCUUAUUUUGCGUAAAUUGACUGGAUAAAACAACUUCUUCGAAAGUUAUUUCAGAUAAUAAAGAAACGAAAAUGUUUCGUACAUUCCAAUUGUGUAGCAACAUAUGGUAUAGUGCACCAACGUGCAUCAAUGAAACCGCCCCUGU